UACAAGUAACAAAAAUUGAGAUUAGAUAUUAAUGGACACCAAAUGAUCAAAACCAAAAUGCAGUGGUAAGAUACUAAAUAUUCUAUUCUUAUGCAUUGCCACAAAAUUAGCCUUUCAUCACUCCUCUCCCUUUUGCUAUCAUCACAUUGACCCAUAACUUUUACCCUAAAACCCCCUUAACCAAAAACCAUGUUCCAUAAUCCAAAUUCUCCCCUAAUCUUCUUUGAUUAACCAUUAUUCAAAUCCCAAAUUACCCCAAAAAUACCAUUAUUUUUCUUUCUUUCUUCUUCCAAAUCUCAAAUUCUCUUCACUCAUAUUUUUGCAUCAAACAGUUUUGUUGGUAAAAAUUAAAAAAAUAUACACAAACACAAAAAUUAGAUUUGAGAAGAAGAUUAGAAAUUAGAGAGAGAAAAGAAAAAACUAACACACAGUAUGGUAAAGCGCAGCCAUCGAACGGAAGAAGGAUGAAGAUGACAACAACAACGUUUCUUCCCGGUUAAAAAAUAGAUAAAAAAACCCUCUUUUUUUCUUCUUCGAAACGUUUCGUAUAUCCCGCCAUUGUUACUUUCUUCCAUUUUCUCUCUCCUCUCUCUUCGUCCUUUGUUCUUCAUUCUUCAACCAAUUGGAUCUUCUUCUUCUUCAUCUUCGGUUUCAGUUUCGAUUUCGAUUUCUGCGGUUUUGAUUCUUCGGUUUGAUUUGGAGUGGUGAAUUCUAGGGUUUAUAAAUGGUGGAAGGAGGAGGAAUUGCCGGAGAAUCUUCGAAUUCGGCGUCGAGAGCGGCGACGGCGUUUGUGAAAAUCGGUGACCGGACGAGGUUUACGGUGGAGCUGAGACCUGGUGAGACUACUAUUGUUUCAUGGAAGAAGCUUAUGAAAGAUGCUGCUAAGGCUGAAGGUGCCUCUUCUUCCGCCGCUGCUGCUGCCGCUACCGCUGCUGCUGCUACCGUUCCUGUCGCUGCGGCUGCUGCCAGUGGUGCCGGUGUUGCUACCGCGGCUGCUGUUGCUGCUCCUACGGGUCUGAAUAAUUCGCUUACCGCACUCGAGUCUCGCCUUGCUCCGGGACAACCUGCUGCAAAUGAUCUGAAUGAUGCACCUGCUCCUAAUCGUUUCAGUGCCGUUAUUGAGAAGAUUGAGCGUCUGUAUACGGGCAAGGAUAGUGAUGAUGAAGAUCUUGAUGACAUUCCAGAUGAUGAUCAAUAUGAUACCGAAGAUUCAUUUAUUGAUGAUGCUGAACUGGAUGAGUACUUUGAAGUUGACAAAUCAAAGACUAAGCAUGAUGGUUACUUUGUUAAUAGGGGUACGCUGGAAAAAGUAAAUGAGCCAGUGGAGUCAGUUAAUCAUCAGCCAAAGAAGAGGAGGAGGAAGGAAGUAGCAAAGGCUCCUGGGGAUAAUCAUGAUGGUCAGGGUGCCAUUAAGCCCAUGAAAGUGGGCAAAAAGGGUGCUGGCAAGUCUGCCUUAUCAGCUGACAAAGGCAUUUUGCCUACAUCACAAGGUCCUUCAUUGAAGAGCUCUGAAGACAUGAAAUUUCAGAAUAUUCUGAAAAACACUGCUGACUGUAAAUCUUCGUUGGAUCCUUCUGCAUCUUUGAGGACUUCACAUGGUGAUGCAUCCUCAGCCUUAGCAGAGAACAGUGACAAGCAAAAGACUGGGAUAAUGGCAAAAAAUUCUAGUGGCAAGCUGAGGGAGGCUAGCGAAAAUGGCGAUAAAUCCGAAUUUAUGCAUAAAAGUCAAUCCCUUAAGCCAAACCAUGUUGAGGAAUCUGAUUUAGUGGCACAGCCAAAGGAUAAGAGUGGCAUGCGUGAAAGGAUAGACCUUAAUCUUCCUGACAAUAAGCAGACUAUACAGCCUAUGAAAAAUGCUGUCUUGCAUAAAAAGGAAGGUUCUAGUGUUAAGCCCAAAGCUAAUGUGUUGGAGAAGGCCGUUAGAGAACUGGAGAAGGCGGUUGCAGAAUCGAGACCACCAGCUCCAGAUGCUCAAGAUGCUGACUCAUCAGGGCAGUCUGUCAAAAGAAGAUUACCUCGAGAAAUCAAGCAGCGGCUUGCCAAAGUCUCUAGACUAGCGCAUGCAAACAAUGGUAAGGUGUCAAAGGAACUCCUGAACCGUCUUAUGGAUAGUUUGGGGCAUUUAAUUCAGCUCCGAACCUUAAAGAGGCACUUAAAAUUAAUGAUGACCAUGAGCCUGUCUGCGAAACAAGAGAAAGAUGACAAGUUCCAACUAACAAAGAAGGAGGUUGUUGAGAUGAUUAAAACUCGUAUUCCGUCCGUGAUGUCUAAGGCAGCUGAGCAACAAGGUGGAGGAUCGGCUGAAUUUCAAGAGGGUGGUCUUUUAGAAAAAACAGGAAAAGGGCAGAUUUGUAUGGAUGCUACAUUGGAGGAUAAGAUUUGUGAUCUCUAUGAUAUUUUCGUUGAUGGACUUGAUGAAGAUGCAACUCCUCAAGUCAGAAAAUUAUAUGCUGAGCUUGCUGAACUAUGGCCUAAAGGAGUCAUGGACAAUCAUGGGAUUAAGCGCGCUAUAUGUCGAGCAAAAGAACGGAAGAGGGCACUGAAUGAGAAGAAUAAGUUUAGUGGUGAUGUGGGGUUAAGGACUACAUGGUACUUGUUCGUCAGUUCAUGUGUGGAAUUUUUAAUUGAUAGCAAUCACAGCAUGGUUGUGCUACUUGAAACAAGGUUCUUGACCUCUGUACUUUAGAUAAAUGUUUGUUUUUGGUUAUUUUUUGGAUUGCCUAGAAGAUUGUCCUAGGCGUCUUUUUUGAAAGAUUUCCCAUUUGAAACUCUUAUUGCCUGAACUUUUACUUAGACAUAAUUUGUCUUCAUGCUACUCUCAAGGUUUGCCGUGUUUAUUCUUUAUGUGACAAGGUCUUCCUCACUUCUUUUUUGUUCUGCUUGAUUUUGUUUCCCUAUGGCGGCCAUUUGUGGUGAUAUUAUUUAAAGUUUGAUGACUUUGAUUUAAGUAGUAAUCUGUUCUGUGAUGAUUUUUAAUAUCAGUGUAGCUUUAAAAAGUGCAAUUUGUGGAAUCAUUUUUCUUUUUCUAGUGUUAUUAUGUCGUUAUUUUACUUUAUUUAUGAGUUUGAUUCAUUGGGGUUGGAGAAAGGAGGAGUUUUACACGUAUGACAGUCAAUUAUUCCUUUUCAUUGGAUUAUUUUUAUAUCAAUUUAUCAAAUAUUACUUCCUGAACUAUAUUGCUCCCACACUUCAUUUGUAAUGCUGUUCUUUCUAGAAUCUUUUGGAAGAUCCCUUUUGUGCGGCCUACUGAUGAAGAGAAUGAAAACCAGAGAGUGUAAGCAGACCUUGUACUCCCUUUGCUUUGGAUUAGUCAUGGCACUAAGUGUUGCACAUAAUUAAGGCUUUAAGACUAUAGGUUGUAACUUUAUAAAAUUAAGUGGGAUUAUCGGAGCAUUUAUAUUGCGUGAAAAGGGAUAUUAGGACUUGAUAAUAAUAUAUUUGAGUUGGUGGAGCAAUUUUAGGGGGCUUGGUGGGUAACGGUCUGAUUAUUGGCGCGACAAGCCGAAAAAUGGGAUCAAUUUCCCCUCCCAUAGCUGUGUAUCUACCGCUUUCCUUCAAGUGAGUUCUCGGGGUGGGCUGACUCUUGUUAAAGUAUAAGCUUGCUUUUCCCUUGCCUUUUUGUUCUAUAAAGGUAUUUUUUUACCAGUGUGGAGCCACCUUCUUCGUACGGCAUGCGACAGUCCCGUUCUU